AUGGCCGUGCUGCGUGGGUCACAAGACAAGGUCACAGAGGUUCACAAGGGUCACUCGGGGUCACGAAUGGUCAGACGAUGCCACGAGAGGUCCCCCUCCGACGCCUCGCCUCGCCUCGAGGUCUCCCUCCGACGCCUCGCCCGAGGUCCCCCUCUGACGCCUCGCCUCGCCUCGAGGUCUCCCUCCGACGCCUCGCCCCGAGGUCCCCCUCCGACGCCUCGCCUCGCCUCGAGGUCUCCCUCCGACGCCUCGCCCCGAGGUCCCCCUCCGACGUCCUCGCCUCGCCUCGAGGUCUCCCUCCGACGCCUCGCCCCGAGGUCCCCCUCUGACGCCUCGCCUCGCCUCGAGGUCUCCCUCCGACGCCUCGCCCCGAGGUCCCCCUCCGACGCCUCGCCUCGCCUCGAGGUCUCCCUCCGACGCCUCGCCCCGAGGUCCCCCUCCGACGCUCGCCUCGCCUCGAGGUCUCCCUCCGACGCCUCGCCCAAGGUCCCCCUCCGACGCCUCGCCCCGAGGUCCCCCUCUGACGCCUCGCCCCGAGGUCCCCCUCCGACGCCUCGCCCCGAGGUCCCCCUCCGACGCCUCGCCCCGAGGUCCCCCUCCGACGCCUCGCCCCGAGGUCCCCCUCCGACGCCUCGCCUCAAGGUCCCCCUCCGACGCCUCGCCCCGAGGUCCCCCUCCGACGCCUCGCCUCAAGGUCCCCCUCCGACGCCUCGCCCCGAGGUCCCCUCCGACGCCUCGCCCCGAGGUCCCCCUCCGACGCCUCGCCCCAAGGUCCCCCUCCGACGCCUCGCCCCGAGGUCUCCCUCCGACGCCUCGCCCCGAGGUCCCCCUCCGACGCCUCGCCCCGAGGUCCCCCUCCGACGCCUCGCCCCAAGGUCCCCCUCCGACGCCUCGCCCGAGGUCCCCCUCCGACGCCUCGCCCGAGGUCCCCCUCCGACGCCUCGCCCCGAGGUCCCCCUCCGACGCCUCGCCCCGAGGUCCCCCUCAGGCGCGAUCCCUCCGCGGCCCCCUUCGUCUCGCUUCCUUAGUUUAUCUCGGGAUGAUGAGCGUCUCUUGUCCUGCAGGAGAUGGGUCUACUUGCAGGCGUGUCGUUGGUGGGAGUUCGAUGACGAGGAUGGUGGCGCUCUUAGGUACACCUCGACCCAGAGCGGAGCCCCUGCCAGGGUUCCAUCUAAGGGAAAAAUAGAAAUAGGGGUGGAGGGGACUCUUUAG